UUUUUGUGUUGUUUUGAACUUCUCUCUGUCAUUGGCAUCUGAUCUCGGCGUCCUUCGUGGCAACUGAUUCCCAGAUUAUUGAUAUUAUUGAUUGUUGGAUACAUCGAUUGAUCGUCUGCUGCUCCCAUCAUUCAGGUUUGACCCUUGUUAUCACACUGUGGUUUGUAUUCAGUAUGUCUUGUGUUCAUUACAGGUUUCAGAGUCGACUCACCUACGACUCGCUCCAGUUUGAGGGCCUCAACAUCACUGCGGGAGAGCUGAAGCGGCAGAUCAUGAGGCGCGAGAGGCUGAAGUUCUGCCAGCUGAAGAUCAGCAAAGCCCAAACUGAUGAAGAAUACACAGAUGAUGAUGCUCUCAUCCCUAAAAACACAUCGGUCAUCAUCAGACGGGUCCCUGCUGCUGGACUGAAGUCCUCCAACAGAAGAUUUGUUGGACAUCAAGCUGGAUUAUCAGCCAAAUCUUCUCAAACAGGUGAUUCUUCACUCCUCUCACUGGAGCAGCUGUUGAAGACUGAGAAUCUGGCUGAGGCAAAGGCAUCAGAGGAGGACAAGCUAAAAGCAGUGAUGUACCAGUCCAGUCUGUGCUACUACUCCAGCAGGGCAGCAGCUCUGCUCCGCAUAAGCGCAUCAGGAGGAGCACAGGGAUUCCCCGCAGCUUCCUGUUGGAGGUGGACGACCCAAACCGAAAGGGAGUCAUGAUGGACGGCAGCGGCAAAUACGUCAUUCCCAUCAUAGACGCUGAGGCCUAUGCUGCUGAGAAGAAAAAGAGGCCUUCCUUCUGCCAGACCAAGCCGCUGUCCUCCUCUUCCUCAGCUGGUGCAGCAUCUUCAGUCCAGGACGCCAGAGGGAAACGUUCCCG